GAACCACCAUUCGUAUUUCGUAACAUCAGCGAAAGUGGAGCCUACAGUUACUAUGGUUACAGCAUAGAUGUUUUGGAUAAAAUCACAAAGCGUGAUGGAGGCUACGGUCUGCUGGAGAAAGGCCACUGGACGGGUUGUAUAGGCAAUGUCGUUAGAGGGGAAGCAGACGUCAUACUUGGAGCCCUGACGGUUACAGCGGAACGGGAUAAGGUUCUGGACUUUACGCUGCCCUAUUACAACUUUGCCGGUAUACAGAUACUUAUGAAGAAACAAACGGUCAACAUCAAUCUGUUUUACUACGCCAAUGUCUUCACUGCUCAGGUUAGUUUCAUGAGAAAUGUACACGGUAUAGUCCACGUAGUUACAUCUGUAGUUGGUUCUCAUCCGCAUGGUGACCCUUUGGGUCACCGGGUGUUUAUCGCUUGUGUGAUGUCCUGGUGGGGUACAACAAGCAAUAGAGGAGGAGAUCCACCAAGAAGCUUAUCAGGGAGACUGCUGGUCGCUGGCUUCUGGUUCUUUUCCGUCAUCAUGAUGUCAACUUUCACUGCGAACCUGGCCGCAUUCUUAACUGUCUCUAGGAUGGGGAUGACCAUUACCUCCUUGGACGACUUGAACCGCCAGUCUGAGUCCAGCGUGAUGGAGUAUUUUCAGCGCAUGGCAAAGAUCGAGAAAGACUUCUACGAACGCUGGAAGACGAUUAGUCUCGACAAGACUUCCGAAGACGCUCAAGCCAGCCUGGCUGUCUGGGACUACCCUCUUGGUGAGUUUUUGGAUUCGGAAUGGAAUAAAUAUGACGCUAUGUGGAGUACAAUUCAAGAAAACGGUCUUUUGUCAUCCAACAUGGCGGGCGUGGAGAGGGUCAUGUCUGAGAACUUUGCUCUGAUCACCGAGACACCAGUCGUACAGUACUACACCAGUAGAAACUGUGAGCUCACAGGAAUUGGGGAGCAGUUUAGCAGGAGGCCCUACUCCAUUGGCUUAAAGGAACGAUCUCCUUAUACAGAUAAAUUUUCAAGAAGCAUCCUAGAGCUUCAGAAAGAGCUUGAACUGAGUUCCCUGCGUCUGCACUGGUGGGCAAGCAGUGAAGUCAACUGUCCGAAGGAGACGGCCAACACAGGACUGGACUUGUAUUCUCUGUCCGGUACCUUCAUUCUCACUGGUGCCGGCAUCAUCUUGGGCUUGAUUGUGCUUGGUCUAGAGCACAUUGUCACUCGCAUGAAGAGAAGACAG